CCGAAGAUGUCGAACCUGAGCAAGGGGACGCGGGCAGCCGGAAGGACACCAAGAAUGCGGAUCCGAGCCUUCCCCAUGACUAUGGAUGAGAAAUAUGUGAACAGCAUUUGGGAUCUUCUGAAAAAUGCAAUCCAAGAGAUCCAGCGUAAGAACAAUAGCGGUCUCAGUUUUGAGGAGCUGUAUAGGAAUGCAUAUACAAUGGUGUUACAUAAACAUGGUGAAAAACUCUACACUGGACUAAGAGAAGUGGUCACUGAGCAUCUAAUAAACAAGGUGCGAGAAGAUGUGUUAAACUCCUUGAAUAACAACUUUCUACAAACACUAAACCAAGCGUGGAACGAUCAUCAAACAGCAAUGGUGAUGAUUAGAGACAUUCUGAUGUAUAUGGACCGUGUGUAUGUGCAACAAAAUAAUGUGGAGAACGUCUACAAUCUGGGCUUGAUUAUUUUUCGAGAUCAGGUAGUUCGCUACGGCUGCAUUAGGGAUCACCUGCGGCAAACUCUGCUGGACAUGAUUGCAAGAGAAAGGAAAGGAGAAGUUGUAGACAGAGGCGCAAUAAGAAAUGCUUGCCAGAUGUUAAUGAUUCUAGGUCUUGAAGGAAGGUCAGUCUAUGAAGAAGACUUUGAGGCUCCAUUUUUGGAGAUGUCUGCAGAAUUUUUUCAGAUGGAAAGUCAAAAAUUUUUAGCUGAAAACAGUGCUUCUGUAUAUAUAAAGAAAGUAGAAGCUAGAAUUAAUGAAGAAAUAGAACGGGUGAUGCAUUGUCUGGAUAAAUCAACAGAAGAACCUAUUGUGAAAGUUGUUGAGAGGGAACUUAUUUCCAAACAUAUGAAAACUAUAGUGGAAAUGGAGAACUCUGGGCUAGUUCAUAUGCUGAAAAAUGGGAAGACAGAAGACCUUGCUUGCAUGUACAAGUUGUUCAGCCGUGUGCCAAAUGGUCUGAAGACGAUGUGUGAGUGCAUGAGCUCAUACCUGCGAGAGCAGGGCAAAGCACUAGUUUCUGAAGAGGGAGAAGGAAAGAAUCCAGUUGACUAUAUUCAGGGUUUACUGGAUUUGAAGAGUAGGUUUGAUCGCUUCCUUCAAGAAUCUUUCAAUAACGAUCGGCUCUUCAAACAGACUAUUGCGGGUGACUUUGAGUACUUCCUCAACCUCAACUCCAGGUCUCCAGAGUACCUCUCAUUAUUUAUUGAUGAUAAGCUGAAAAAGGGAGUCAAGGGACUAACAGAGCAAGAAGUAGAAACUAUAUUGGAUAAGGCAAUGGUUUUAUUCAGGUUUAUGCAAGAGAAAGAUGUUUUUGAACGCUAUUACAAGCAGCACUUGGCAAGAAGACUUCUCACGAACAAGAGUGUUUCAGAUGACUCUGAGAAAAACAUGAUAUCCAAAUUAAAGACUGAAUGUGGAUGUCAGUUCACAUCUAAACUGGAAGGAAUGUUCAGGGACAUGAGCAUCUCAAAUACAACGAUGGAUGAGUUCAGGCAACAUCUUCAGGCGACAGGGGUCUCAUUAGGUGGUGUUGAUCUUACAGUGCGUGUCCUCACAACAGGUUACUGGCCUACCCAGUCAGCCACACCAAAGUGUAACAUCCCUCCAGCUCCCAGACACGCUUUUGAAAUAUUUAGAAGAUUUUAUUUAGCCAAACAUAGUGGGCGACAGCUGACACUCCAGCAUCACAUGGGUUCUGCAGAUCUCAAUGCCACUUUCUAUGGGCCUGUCAAAAAGGAAGAUGGCUCAGAAGUUGGCGUAGGAGGUGCCCAAGUAACUGGCUCAAAUACACGGAAGCACAUAUUGCAAGUCUCCACUUUCCAGAUGACAAUAUUAAUGCUCUUUAACAACAGAGAAAAAUACACAUUUGAGGAAAUUCAGCAAGAAACUGAUAUCCCCGAAAGAGAGCUGGUUAGAGCCCUACAGUCCCUUGCAUGUGGCAAACCAACACAACGUGUUCUCACAAAAGAACCUAAAUCAAAAGAAAUAGAAAAUGGUCAUAUAUUUACAGUGAAUGAUCAGUUCACAUCUAAGCUACACAGGGUCAAGAUUCAGACGGUUGCUGCCAAACAAGGAGAAUCUGAUCCAGAAAGGAAAGAAACAAGGCAGAAAGUAGAUGAUGACAGAAAACAUGAGAUAGAAGCUGCUAUAGUUCGGAUAAUGAAAUCUAGAAAGAAGAUGCAACACAACGUGCUAGUAGCAGAGGUAACUCAGCAGCUGAAGGCCCGAUUCUUACCAAGUCCAGUUGUUAUUAAAAAACGUAUUGAAGGACUUAUUGAGAGAGAAUAUUUGGCACGAACACCUGAGGAUCGCAAAGUAUACACUUACGUAGCAUAAAAUGCGUUCAGAAAAUUUGAUUUAUUCUUGGACUAUACUCUUCGCAUGAACUGGGAAGUUCUUUUAAAUCAUUAAUAUUAAGACGACCAUCUCUUCUAUGAAAUUACAGUACAUGUUCUAGACCAUUCGGAUCAAGCCUUUUACUCCUUUUGAGAGUUUUCAACCUGAAUUGAUUGAGCUUCAGGCUUUUCAACGUUAUCCCUGUAGAGAUCAUCCUUACAAUUCUUCGGGAAAAUGUGAAUGUGCCGCGUUUGUUUUCAAUACUGUAUGAAAACAGAGAAAUAAAAACAAAUUUAGAAAAUACAGCUCAUUUAAAAAAAAUAAAAUUGUUGGAAUUUCAUUUCCCCAGAU